CUAAUGUAAUAGUAUGGUAUCACGAUUCGAACGCCUAAUGGGGUGCUCCUCUAUCCCGAUAGGAGAGACCUCGCCUGAGACAGUGGCACAAUGCUCAGGCCGGGGCGACUGUCUGAAUGGUACGUGUUUGUGCGAAAUUCGCUACAGUGGCGAAGAGUGUUCCGGUUUUAAUCUACCCUACCAUGCCGGUAUUUCCGCCGUAUUCUACUUUGUGGGCUUUGUAUCGUUGGUCCAGCUGAUGAUAUGCAUCAUCGCCGAGUACCAGCGGCUAAAGCAGCCCAGCUUUUUGGCUGCCUGCCGGUUAACUACCCAAAAGUUGCUGUAUUUCUUCGUGUUUGUUGCGGCAGUGCUGCGUGGCGCUUACUUCACCACACCGGAAACGUUACAACCAGCAUGGGUUUCGUAUCUGAUGUCCCUGUACUAUCCGCUCGUUAUGACCUGCGCCUCGCUCGUGGUAUGCCUGUGGGCCGAGAUCUUCCACCUGCAAGGUAUCCGUUGGGAACGAUCGCAAUUCCUGUCGAAAAGUUUCCUCGGCUUUCUGGCGUUUAAUCUGUUGCCGUACAGUUUGUUUCUGGCGGAGAUUGCAUACUCACAUCUGUUUACCGGGCGCAGUACAUCGUUCUUUAACGGAUGCUAUGCGGUGCUGCUGCUGAUUGUGGUUAUCUUUUUCCUCAUCUACGGUGUGGAGGUGUUUUUCAAGGUGCGUGGUGGCUUCGUCUAUGACUUUGGUGUAGUGCCGAACAGUGAAAAUGUGAACGCAUCCCAGCUACACCAAUCGCGCUUCGGAUUGCUCAGCCAGGCGAUCAUGAUGAUAGUGAUCGUCGGUUUUCUCACCUCGGAAACAUUGGGCGAUUUUUGGAAGAAGAAGGUACCGGUAUACUCACGCAACUGGCACGACAUUGUAUUCCGGCUGGCGGAGGUUGGUGUUGCGCUUUGGUUCCCGUGCUGCCUGUGGAACUCGAUGGCACCGGAACAGCUGUGGAUAUUGAAUCCGCGCAAGCUGCUCACGCGCCAAAUCGAUCCAGUUGCGGGUGGUAGUGCGUGCGGCGCGGGUACAGCCGAAGCACCGGCCGAACCAUCCACCUCAGCGAACGCGGAAGAGGGACAAUCGUUUUUGGCGAAGAAAGAUUGCUGGAUCUGUUACGAUACGGAUAAACCGGAACCGCUGAUUCAGCCGUGCAAGUGCAUCGGUGACGUUAGCUCGGUGCAUCACGAGUGUUUGCGCCGCUGGUUGGUGGACAGCUGUGCCAACAGUGACGCGGUGCUAAAAUGCAAAGUGUGUGACUCGCCGUACGAAAUCGAGCGAUCGAACAGGCUCGAUUGGGAGAAGGGUUUCACGAUCCAGCACUGGGCAAAAACGAUCAUCAUCGUAACGCUGAUGUGCAUCACCGGUGCGGGCGCUUGGGUGAUCAUCCAGCUGAACGAAGACUCGUUCGUGCGCGUCCUAGUGGCCGGAUUUGCGAUCAUCAUCGGUUACAUACUGUUUAAAAUGCUCGGCGAAAACACGGUCACCGCGAUCCAGCGGGCAAAGGUGAGCUCGAUCUACAUCGUCACCUCGGUGAAUGAUCUGCAAACUUAA